CGCGGUCACACAGUGGUUAUUUUUGUUUAUUAUUAUCGCGUCGCUCGUUGCGCGCUGGUUUACUUUUUGAAAAGUGCGUUCGUUAGCGCGAGUGGGCAGCGUCCCAAACGUCGUAGAUUCCAUCGCCUGAGCCACCAAGAACAAACUAUUUCCUUACAUAACUGCGGAAUACUUCGACUCAGCAGAGAGCCACGCGACGGAAGGCAGUCAACAAAGACACGCAAGUGCUUGCACACACUGGGCUAUUAUGCAAAUUGCGCCACUGCAGCUGGUCUAAGAGUGCAAGGAAGGGCGACCGAGCAACACACACACAAAGUGCCUGGGCAGAACGAGCGCAACCGCCUCCCCAAUCAGCUGUGAUCUCUGCGGUCGGGCCUCCAUCGAGUGGGCGGAGAAUGGGCGGGAUGGGGGGCGGCGGGCUGCUGGACAUCUACUCCAUGGCCUGGGAGCACCUGAGACCCGGAAGCUCGCCCGUCGACUGGUGCGAAGGCAAUUACUUGAUUUCAUCCAACAUCGCCGAGUUCGUGAACACGUUUAGCAACUUUCUGUUCAUCCUACUGCCGCCCGUCCUGAUAAUGCUCUUCAAGGAGUACGGACGCUUUGUGACGCCCGGAAUCCACGUCAUCUGGGUGCUGCUCAUCGUGGUUGGCCUGAGUUCGAUGUACUUCCACGCCACCCUCAGUCUAAUUGGCCAGCUGCUGGACGAACUGGCCAUCCUCUGGGUCUUCAUGGCUGCCUUUUCGCUCUUCUAUCCGAAGCGCUACUAUCCCAAGUUCGUGAAAAACGAUCGCAAAACCUUCAGUUGGCUCAUGCUCUUGUCGGCGAUUGCAGCAACGGGCUUGUCAUGGUGGAAGCCCAUUGUUAACGCCUUUGUUCUCAUGUUCAUGAGUGUGCCGACCAUGCUAAUGCUAUACACAGAGCUGCAGAGAGUUAGUGACCAGAGGGUCUACCGCCUGGGCAUCCGAUCGACGACCGUCUGGGCAGUUGCGGUGUUCUGCUGGAUCAAUGACCGGAUCUUCUGCGAGGCCUGGUCCUCGAUCAAUUUUCCAUACCUGCACGGCUUCUGGCACAUAUUCAUCUUCAUAGCAGCCUACACGGUGCUGGUGCUGUUCGCCUACUUCUACGUGGAGUCGGAGCUGCCCCAGCGACAGCCGCUGUUGAAGUACUGGCCGAAGAACGAGUUCGAGUUCGGGAUACCCUUCAUUUCGAUCCGGAACCCAGAUUCGAAAGAUUGGCUCGUCUACUGCAGCCUGUACAUGCAGGACUAUGACUAUGACUACAAGCACGGAAAGAACUAAGGCAAGCAAUCGGGUGGAGCGCCUUCUCCAAACAGAGACAUACACAGCGUGAUAUAAGUUAGAGUUGCGGAAGGAGGAACAACUAAAUUAUUUAUUAACUACAAAGCUCGCCUGCUCAGCGCGGAAACCAAAUUAUGUAUAGCUGCCAUAUGGAGCGAUAGCUUAGGAAGUAUGUAUGAUUUACUUAGGCUAAACGAAUGUCGACAAAUGUACUGCGUUAGGAAUGCAAGCUCUCUUGUUUAGUCGCAAUAAAGAAUAGUAUUUCA